AUCAAACGGUGUUAUUUGGUCUUUCCACUUGCAACACGGAAUCUGUUUCUUCGGCUUUUUUUUAUGUGGAAAUAAUUUAAGCUUCCGUUCAACUCCUGGCUGUGAUGAAUAAUAAUUUCUCUCCUUUGUUAAGUUGAACUGAUUGUUUUUUGUUUUUGUUUUGUUUUUUGUUUAUUCUUUCCUGGCUAUGCUUUUAAAGUUUUUGUCCACAAACCGACAGACUGUGUGGGAUCGCUGACAGAACAGACGGAGUAACGGAUCAGUCAGGUGGAAAUCAAUCAGCGCGCUGCAGCCUUAUGUCUGACUUGUUCGUCGGUCCAAAAGUCCAGCGGGUUUGCGCGGUGUGUGUUUAGCUGGACUCAGCUCGAGAGGUGGAAUUGCUACUACUGGAUUUCUAGAAUGCAUCACCAUUUCAGCCCAUACAAUUUCAAACCCGAGGAAAAGUGGCUCAGUCUGAAAAGAUUUCUUAACGUUUUAUUUUAAUUGCACAAAGAACAAUUAUCAAGCGAAAUGAUCUUAACUUUUGUCAUUAUAUUGUCCCUCCUGGACUCGGUGUUCACCUUGAAAGGUGGGAGCAGCUCAGCCUCCCGGCUCGUCCGACUGGACUGCGUGAAGGCCAGUGAACAGUGUCUGAAGGAGUACUCAUGCAGCACCAAGUACCGGACGAUGAGGCAGUGUGUGGCGGGCAGGGAGAGCAACUUCAGCGCGGUCACGGGUCCCGAGGCGCAGGGCGAAUGCCGCAGCGCUAUUGAGUCCAUGAAGCAGAGCCCCCUUUACAACUGCAGAUGUAGGAGAGGCAUGAAGAAGGAGAAGAACUGUCUUCGGAUCUUUUGGAGUAUUUUUCAGAGUUUACAAGGUAAUGAUUUACUGGAAUACUCUCCAUAUGAACCAGUCAAUAGCCGGCUCUCAGACAUCUUCCGCCUGGCUCCCAUCAUAGCUGCUGAGCCUGCAUCCACAAAGGAGAACAACUGCUUGAAUGCUGCCAAGGCCUGCAACCUGAAUGACACAUGUAAGAAAUAUCGCUCAGCUUACAUCAACCCAUGUACAAGCAGGGUGUCCGCUUCGGAGGUCUGCAACAAGCGCAAGUGCCACAAGGCUCUAAGACAAUUCUUUGACAAGGUUCCAACCAAAUACAGCUAUGGGAUGCUGUUUUGCUCCUGUCCUGCGGGGGAUCAGACUGCAUGUGCAGAACGCCGGCGACAAACCAUUGUACCAGUUUGCUCCUACGAGGAUAAAGACAAACCCAACUGCCUUUCCCUUCAAAACACAUGCAAGACCAACUACAUCUGCAGGUCAAGACUGGCAGACUUCAUCAGCAGCUGUCAGCCAGAAGUUCGCUCUAUAUCUGGCUGUCUAAGAGAGAACUAUGCUGACUGCCUGCUGUCUUACUCAGGUCUUAUUGGUACAGUGAUGACUCCAAAUUAUGUGCGAUCAUUUGGUAUUAGCCUGUCACCAUGGUGUGAUUGCAGCAGCAGUGGGAACAGCAAGUCGGACUGUGAUAAAUUUGCAGAGCUUUUCAACAACAACCGAUGUCUGCGAAAUGCCAUCCAGGCAUUUGGCAAUGGUACUGAUGUUGGAGUAUGGCAACCCCAACCCCCAAUACAGCCCACUGUAGAGCCAGCCAUCAUCCGAAGGGGUAAAGCACGAACUAACAAUGCUGUGGACACAUUGACGGAUGUGACUAAGCUGGAUUUUAAUAGCGACUCUUAUCACAUCUGUGGGACUUUACAGGCACAAAAACUGGUGUCAAAUCAAACAGUGGACACUGCUCUUUGUGUGAACCAUCAACUGGACUCAUCCAAGGCUUCAAACGUUGUUGCUAGAAGCUCUCCAGCUGAACUCAUCUGUUUACAGCCCUCAACUAUGCUCCUCGCGCUGGCCUUUGCUUUUACCUCAAGUGCACCGCAGCUCAAAGGUUUCCAGCUUUUGUAGGAGCCAAGGACCAUGGAUCAGCUUUCUUGUUUCAAGAAGUGCUUGAACCAAUUGUAAUUUAGACCUCUGCCAAAGUGCAACACCUACAUUUUUCUUUCAAUGAAAAAGAGAAACAGCACGGUAAAAGCAGUGAAAUCAUAGGCAAUAGUGGAUUAUAUUUGCAGAUUACAUGUUGACUGUUGCUGUGUAGAAAACAGACUUGCUGUGAUAUCAGCUCAUUUGCUUUCCAUGCCCUGCGGGAGCAAUUUUGUGACUUCAAAAAAAAAUAUGAUUCACACUUGGAAAUACAUAUUUUGGAGAUAAACUCUGAUCCUCUGAUGUGAAUUAACUGGAAUGUGUGCAAUCACUGCACUUUUGACUAAAUGGACUGCUGAUAUGCUGAACAGUGUUUUCAGCAUAAAGUGAAUAUUUCUCUGCAUAACUGUAUUUGGAUCCAUCCUGUUAAUAAACUCAAUUUAGCUGAACCAAACAGCAGGUGAAAAAGGUAGAACUGUUGCAUGAGGGGAAAAAAAUUGAACCACAUAUGGAUUGUCUGGACUUUGAUACACAAAAUCUUUGUCAGGGAAACACAAAGGACAAAGACACAUUGAGUGAAAUAUAGUAAGAAUUGUCUCUUCUACAUGUUCAGUAUUAGGUAUAGUUUUGUAGGUUCAGUUGUCAUGGUGGUUUGUGGCUUUACAUCCCUACUAAAAAGACCAUUUUGUACAUAUAUUGUAUGAGUGCACACUCUGUUACAGUAUGCUGCUGUUAGUUUGUAACAUAUUGUCUGUGAUAUUGGUUAGCCACUUUAUCCAGCCUAGCUGUGAUUUAUCAAAUGUGAUGAGAUAUGGUUCCUUUCUCAUGUGGUCACAGAUCUGACUUUACUGUGUGAUUAUGUUUUAAUGGAAAAGUGAAUAAUAGUAUAUUAUACAGUAUUUUCUCCAAAUUAUCAAAGUGUCUGUGACUGCAACUUUAAGAAUUUAUAAGAAGUCUGUCAUGGCUUAAACAUUUUUUAUCAGUUUGAUCCAGGUUUUUUAGACUGAUAGCAUUUAUUGUUUUCAAGCCAUUAUAUCGUGGUAAAGAGUACAAGGACAAGACUUUGAUGAAUAAAGAAUGUGUAAAUACCCACAGGCAGAGCAAAUGCCAAAAUACAAAAGCCAACAGUCAGUUGCAAACAAUUACUGCUGAUAUGAAUGGAGAAAAUGAUGAAAACACAUGGUUAGUCUGUACUUAAUGGCACUAAUUAUUAAAGACAUUCAAAGAAUGUACAACUUAA